CUGUGGCAGUCCCCAGAUCUGGACGGCAGAGGACCCUGGCCCAUGGCGGCCACCCCCCACCGGCAGCACCGACUCCCUCCCGGCCACAACCUGGUGCCACUCCUGCUUCCGCUGGUGACGGGCGCCCUGGGUGCUCACGCGGCCCCCUCUGCACUCACCUCUGACCCCCUGGCCCCACGCUCGCACGUCCCGGCUGCAGCUUUCCUCGGUGACGGUGGUGCUUGGGUUUUCCGCGUGGUUCAUCCUGCGGGGCAGGAUUCCUCCAGUCCUGCUAACGACUCCGCGCUGCUCGGGGCCAGCCCCCGGGGCCCUCCCGCGCGCUGCCUGCCUCUGCCGGCAUCCCUGCCCGUGUGCAGCCGCCUGGGCAUCGGGCACGCCUGGCUGCCCAACCACCUGCGGCACGAGCACGGCGAGGAGGUGCAGGCCGCGGCGCAGGUGUGGGGGCGCCUCCUGCAGACACGCUGCCACCCCUUCCUCGCCUGGUUCUUCUGCCUGCUGCUGGCCCCGCCAUGCGGCCUGGGCCGUCCGCCUGGGCCCCCACCAUGCCGCCAGUUCUGUGAGGCCCUGGAGGACGCAUGCUGGAGCUGCCUGGACGGGGGCCAGCUGCCCGUCGCCUGUGCCUCGCUGCCCGCCCAGGAGGACGGGUACUGUGUGUUCAUUGGGCCGGCUGCAGAGGGCUCCGGCGACGAGGUCGGGCUGCUGCAGCUCCUCGGCGAGCCCCCGCCCCAGCAGGUGACGGAGGUGGAGGACCCCGCCGUCGGGCUGGCCUACGUCUUCGGGCCGGACGCCAACAGCGGCCAGGCGGCCCAGUACCACUUCCCCAGCCCCUUCUUCCGGGACUUCUUGCUGCUGUUCCGCGUCCGGCCGGCCACGGAGCGCGCCGGGGUGCUGUUCGCCAUCACGGACCCGGCGCAGGCCGUGGUCACGCUGGGCGUGAAGGUCUCGGAGGUGCGGGACGGGCACCAGCUCAUCUCGCUGCUCUACACGGAGCCGGGCGCCCGCCACACCCACACGGCCGCCAGCUUCCGCCUGCCCGCCUUCGUCGGCCAGUGGCUGCGCUUCGCACUCAGCGUGGACGGCGGCCACGUGACGCUCUACGUGGACUGCGAGGAGUUCCAGAGGGUGCCGUUCACGCGCUCUGCACAGGGCCUGCGGCUGGAGCCUGGCUCUGGCCUCUUUGUGGCUCAGGCCGGAGGAGCCGACCCUGACAAGUUCCAGGGCAGCAUCGCGGAGCUGAGGGUGCGUGGGGACCCGCAGCUGAGCACCCUGCACUGCCUGGACGAGGACGACGAUGACGAUGGCGGGGCUUCCGGAGACUUCGGGAGUGGACUGGAGGAGAACCGACAGCUGGCCGGGGAGGAGACGGGCGCACCCCGAACACCCAGCCUCCCUGAGCAGCCCCCGGUCACUUCUCCUCCCUUGGCUGGAGGCAGCAGCAUAGAAGAUUCCAGAACUGAAGAAACUGAGGAAGAAACCACGGUGGCCUCCUUAGGAGCUCAGCCCCUUCCUGGCUCAGAUGUGGCUUCCGCGGGAGAGGAGGAUGUCCAGAGCCCCGGGGGACCCCUGGCAAAGGGAGGCCAGAAGGGGCAGAAGGGGGAGCCGGGAGCCCGGGGCCUGCCUGGCCCAGCCGGGCCUCAGGGUCCCGCAGGCCCAGCGGUUCAGGGACCGGAGGCACUGCCAGUUCCGGGGGCACAGGGGCCGCCUGGGCCUCCAGGUCCGCCAGGGAAGGAUGGUGCCCCAGGAAGGGACGGUGAGCCGGGCGACCCUGGUGAAGAUGGAAAACCCGGUGAAGCUGGGCCCCAAGGCUUCCCCGGGACCCCAGGAGACGUGGGCCCCAAGGGUGAGAAGGGGGACCCUGGGGUCGGGCCAAGAGGACCCCCAGGGCCUCAGGGGCCUCCGGGGCCACCAGGACCCCCCUUCAGACACGACAAGCUGACCUUCAUCGACAUGGAGGGAUCCGGCUUCGGGGGUGACCCAGAGACCCUCAGAGGCCCGCGUGGCUUCCCCGGGCCCCCCGGCCCCCCGGGUGUCCCAGGCCUGCCGGGUGAGCCGGGCCGCUUCGGCCUGAACAGCUCGCACGCGCCAGGGCCUGCCGGUCUCCCUGGAGUGCCUGGGCGGGAUGGGCCCCCCGGCGUUCCCGGCCCCCAGGGCCCCCCAGGCACCCCAGGAAAAGACGGGCAGCCAGGACCGGCGGGACAGAAAGGCAGCCCCGGUGACGUGGGCGCCCCAGGACCCAAGGGAAGCAAGGGGGACCCUGGCCCCGUGGGCUUCCCCGGCGAGAGUGGCGUAGCAGGAGCCCCUGGGCCAGCUGGACCCCAAGGACCUCCCGGGCCCCCGGGCCCCCCCGGGCCACCAGGACCAGGACUUGCUGCUGGAUUUGAGGACAUGGAAGGCUCGGGGGGACCCUUUUGGCCGACGGCCCGAGGCACUGAAAGGCUGCAGGGACCACCUGGACCCCCAGGACUCAAGGGGGACCCUGGAACGGCUGGGACACCUGGAGCCAAGGGAGAAGUUGGAGCUGACGGAGCCCCCGGCUUCCCAGGCCUUCCUGGGAGAGAGGGUGCUGCUGGGCCCCCGGGACCCAAAGGAGAAAAGGGGAGUCAAGGAGAAAAAGGAGACCCAGGGAAGGACGGAGUGGGGCAGCCCGGCCUGCCCGGGCCCCCUGGACCCCCGGGGCCUGUGGUCUACGUGUCGCAGCAAGAUGGAGCAGUGGUGAGCGGGCCGGGACCGGAGGGCCGCCCAGGCUUUGCAGGCUUCCCUGGACCUGCUGGGCCGAAAGGUGACCUGGGCUCCAAAGGCGAGCAAGGCCUCCCGGGACCCAAGGGUGAGAAGGGGGAACCCGGCAGCAUCGUCAGCCCUGAUGGCCGAGCUCUGGCCCCCGCCCAGAAAGGAGCCAAGGGCGAGCCGGGCUUCCGAGGACCCCCGGGCCCGUACGGACGUCCUGGGCACAAGGGCGAGAUCGGCUUCCCUGGGCGGCCGGGCCGCCCCGGGAUGAAUGGAUUGAAAGGAGAGAAGGGGGAGCCGGGGGACGUCAGCCAUGGACUUGGCAUGAGG